GGCGAUCGGGACGGACGGAGAAGGAAUGACGGAGAAACGGGAAUGAAAACGGCGAAAUAACCGCUCGCUCGAGCCGUAGGUAGUGUACGCGCGCGUUCGCUUUGCUGCAGUUUUAUGUGCGGCGCCGAGUCAGGCCGAACUACGAGCGACCAGGGUUACCGGGUCACAGUGACGAUAACGUAACGAUUAAUGCAUAUACAAUUAUUUGUAACGUUAUAAGUACCAGUCGCAUUACCUGACGCAAUGUGAUCGAGAUACCCAUAAUAACAUAUCACUGUGGGCCAUGUAGGUUUCCGUCUUGUACACGAAUACACGAUCAAUCGUGUCUCGACCGCACGCGUGAUGAGAGCCGUCUGCCGCAGUUCUCUCAUCUUAUCUCAACGUCUCGAAAGUUCUGCAACGAUAUGAUUUCGAACUCAAACGUACGACGUCUUCUAAUUGUUCCCCUUACCAGUUUGAAGAUACUUGAGUGAUGAAGGUCGAAAACAGCGAUGUGCCCACAAUAUUCAAUCCGCGGAAGCCAAGACUUUCACAAAGUAAUGCCGUGCUGACGUCAGACCACAGGCCUUAUGGUCCUUUCUCGCACGUGCUGUCCAGAAGCGAAUCUCUGUGUCAGCCUGAAGAUGUGGAACAAGUGGAACAGUGCCAGCGAAGGCAGUUGGGCGUGUUCAAGAGGCUGAAGAACAAAUGCUGUUCGAAACAUGCGAGGAAGGUAUACUACGGUUUGUGCGUCACUUUUUUCGUCACAGCGUCUUGGGUUGGUGCCACUCACGCUAUCAAGUACCUGUAUAUGUACCAUCCAACCAAAUAUCCGGUGCUCACAGGCAGCGGGUUUAAUUUUUCGUCCAUACACCAACAAACGCUGAUGACUUACAACGCGCCGUUCUUCACCACGUGGUUUUGCACGAACUGGACCGUGCUGUUCUUCCCACUGUACUUCUUCUGUCAGCUGGGCAGCCCCAACUACCAGACACCCACCGACAUACUCGGAGAGAGCGUCCGAAACUUUCGGGACCGAGGGUUCACCGCCGCACACUUCCUGACUCGGUGUUGCAUGUUCUGCAUGCUCUGGGUGUUCACCAACUACCUGUACAUACAUGCGCUCAGCAUACUCGUGGCCACCGACGCUCUGGCCUUGUUCGCCAUCAACGUGUGCUGCGUGUACCUGCUCUCUUGGGUCAUACUCCACGAUCAGUUCGUCGGCGUCCGGAUCGUGGCUGUCAUCCUAUGCAGCACAGGGGUGGCUUUACUCGCCUACAUGGACGCCGGUAUUACGAACAAAAAGAAGACCAUGACCGGGGUUCUGUUAGCGGCUUUAGCCGCUGCUGGGUCAGCAGUAUAUAAAGUCAUGUUCAAAAAAAUGAUCGGCGAUGCUACUUACGGUCAAGUGUCACUAUUUUUUUCGCUCAUAGGCCUGUUGAACGCCGCGCUCCUCUGGCCAGUGUGUUUAGUUUUGUACUUUUCUGAAGUUGAAAUACUUCAUUGGGACCGUUUGCCUUGGAUGAUACUAUUAUCGGCCAGCACUCUGUCUUUGGUAGCGAACUUACUGGGAAAUUUGAGUGUUGCGUUCACUUACGACAUUUUCAUUACGUUCGGAUUAAUCACCGCGGUUCCCGUGUCUGCAGCCAUUGACAUAACCAUACACGAUGUACAGUUUUAUGGUAUGAAACUUGCUGGCAUCAUACUUAUAUCGAUCGGUUUCUUAUUGGUCAUGUUUCCUAACAACUGGCCAGAAUACAUUUUUCGAUUGCUCAGGAAUAUAAUACUACUGAGUCAUAGCGCUAGAUUGUUUAGAUCACUGGUGCGAGUGCAAAAGAUCGAUUGAAAAUGUAAUUAGAACCCUUUCGAUUGCGCCGCCGGGAGUGUAACGUGUAUGUACGUUCUGUCUGUUAUUGUACCCGCAGGUGGAGCCGGAAGAACCGGGGACUGCCACCCAACCCACCCAAAGUGGAAAUCGACUACCGGACCGGCUACAUCCGGUCGCAUUUGCGAUCUCCGUCCGGUCGGGUCAGGUGACCGACUACUGCCAUUGCCGCUCACUCACCGCGGACGUCGACAUCGUUAUUGCUGGCGAUCGAUAAAUCGGCCGACAAACGCUGUAAUAAUAAUAAUAAUAAUAACAAUUGUCGUCGUCGUAUGUGACUGCAACAGUACUUAUUGUGAAUGUUCUGAUUUAAUUUCUUAGCCGUUUUACUUCUAUAUUUUAUUAUAUGUAAAUAAUAUUCCUUAGAGGCAGUGCUUGAAUUAAUAUUGGAGGGGGGGCCAACUGCCUCUUAAUUUUUUUCAUAAGUCAAUGGUCAAUACACGAACCUUAUAAUUUGAUUAUGUGAUAAUCAGAAUUUUUGGAAUCAGAGAAAUUAUGAAUGUAUAUUAUUUUAUACCUAGACUCGGAGGCCCUCUGGUCCUCGUGGGCGUUUUUGCGUGAAAACCAAAAAAGUCUACUACAAGAUUACUUUUUCCUGAAUUGGGUGUUUUAUGGUACUAACUACUAAUUCCUGAUUUGAUUGUAUCAUCAAUAACUAAUAAGAUCAUGUAUAUAAUAUAAGAUUAUGUGUUUGGUUAUUAUUAUGUAACUAAUGUAUUUGGCGUGAAGUAGAUAUAUUUUUUUGGAACACCCAUUAUUUAGACUUCAUAUACAAUCAAUAGAUAAGACCCCCUUCAAUUUUAUUAUUUUUCCAAUUCAAGCACACCUUAGAGGCAUAACGUUAACACAUAUCCGUAAAUAAUACUACUAGCCUGCUAGUAAUAUUAUACAUUUUAAUAUUACAUGUUGUUCGUGAACAUUUUUGUAAAAUACGUUCGUGUUUCGAGUAUACUGUAUAAUAUGUACUAUAUUAUUAUAUACAAUUGUUAUUAUUAUCAUUAUUAUUAGGUAUGUAGAUAAUGUUCUUUAAACAGAAUUGAACAUACAUUUACACAUUUCUCUUGUUUCUUGUUUAAUAUAAAAAAAACCCGUAAUAAACUCGCGUAUUCGUAUUAUAUAGGUACAUAAUAUUAUAAUUGACAUAAAAUUACGUUAAUCACUCGAAUUGUAAUUUGUAAUGUAUUUCAAAAUGUAUACUUAUCCCACGAUGGCGCGAAUUUAUAACAGAUUGCAGGAAACAUCUUGUGGAUUAUAAAGACGACAAUAUAUCCGUCCACGAGCAAUACCAUUACAUUA